UCCUUUAUCUUACACAUGCUCUUCUCUCUUUAAGGUCCAAAUGUAAGAUCUCCUACUCGACUUCUUUAACUAGAAGAAUGUGCAGAAUUAACUCCACUCAUUUUUCCUUUUCCUCGAGAACUAUGCAUUUUAGCUUAAAAAAAAGAAAGAUAUAACCUUAAGACCAAUCAAAGCUCCAAUCAAAAUUGUCUUCAUUGCCAUUCUUGCACUUUUGGUUUUGGCUCCCUUUCUGAUCCAUGGCCUCUCUUUACACGCUUCCUUCCCAUCACAAAUUCUCUUCGCUCGCCAAAACCCACAAACCCUAUUCCUCUUCUCCUUCACUUCUCCUCUCCACAAAACCCUUCACCAAAUCCAAACCAUCAAAGAACACAAUCCUCUCAACCAAAAAGACUAGAACUUUGAUCACUGGAUCGCUCACAGAAGACAAAGAAGUUGUUCCAGUCAAAGACAAACCUUUGAAAGGCAAAAGUAACCCUUUGCUUGUUAAUGGGUCCAAAGAUUCUGACCUUCUUUCAUCAUCUUCUUCUUCUACUGUUGAGAGUGAUGAUGAAGAAGAGAGAAUGACAAGUAGAGCUAUUAAUGCUACCAUUGUAUUGGGGUUUGGUACUCUUGCUGUCUCUAGGUUGCUUACAAUUGAUCAUGAUUACUGGCAUGGAUGGACCCUUUAUGAGAUUCUAAGGUAUUUGCCUGAGCACAAUUGGAUUGCAUAUGAACAAGCUCUCAAAGCGAACCCUGUUUUGGCCAAAAUGGCAAUUAGUGGGAUUGUCUACUCUAUAGGAGAUUGGAUUGCUCAAUGUUAUGAAGGAAAACCAAUCUUCGAGUUCGACCGGACUCGCACAUUUAGAUCAGGGCUUGUUGGGUUUACUCUACAUGGAUCCCUCUCUCAUUAUUACUAUCAAUUCUGCGAGGCACUUUUUCCUUUUGAAGAUUGGUGGGUGGUCCCAGCCAAAGUUGCCUUUGACCAAACAGUUUGGGCAGCAGUUUGGAACAGCAUCUACUAUGUGGCGAUAGGUUUGUUGCGUUUUGAGUCCCCGGACAAUAUUUUUAGCGAGCUAAAGGCAACGUUUUGGCUAAUGUUGACUGCAGGAUGGAAGCUUUGGCCAUUUGCUCAUUUGAUUACCUAUGGUGUUAUCCCUCUUGAACAAAGGCUUCUUUGGGUAGAUUGUGUGGAGCUCAUCUGGGUGACCAUACUCUCAACUUAUUCGAAUGAGAAAUCAGAAGCUCGAAUUUCUGACACAACCUUGGAGGCAAACUCAAGCUCUUCAGGCAGUGCUGAUGAGGUACAUCACAAUUAAACUUCUCCUUUCAAAUAAUCCCGUUAUGGAUAAAACUAUAUUAUUGGAAAGUCCAUUGACUCUGAACUAUGUAACCAAAAAUCACUGCUCCUCUGGGCUUUGUGUCAAGUAAUCGAGCCUAUACUGUAGGUCAGAGGAACCACAAUUUUGUACAGGUUCAUGUUGUGAUGCAGUUGAUUUUUAGUUUCCUAUUUGCUGAUAUCCUUUCCCUUUAUCUCACCGUGCAGAAAUAAAUGAUGUAGGUCAUGCCAUUAAAGAGGCUCUUUGGCUUUGUGUUUUUUACUACGUUUUUGUUUUAAAAAUGUGUUUAUAUUUUA